AAAAACAAAUGUAACAGCCGGCCAAAGUCUGACACCAAACUGAAGCUGCUACUGAGAAUGAUCAAAGGCAAAAUAGAUAACACCAACAUCACUAAUGUUCUUAGAGAGGAGCUAUGGGAUUCAUGUGCAAAUUACACAUCAUCAGGGAGCACCGAGUCACCUACCACUGCAUCAUAGAGGUGCUCAUAGGAGGCUGAGGAGAGGCCUGCCAGCCACAGGUGCUUAUCUGAGUCUCCAAAAGGUCGCUAACAUUCAAUCAAGUGUUUGUGAUAGUUUGUAUUUUUACUAAAUGAAUGUGUGUGGGAUUAUAUUUUUGCUCCGGAGAGAAAAAGGUGGAUUUGUCAGCCAUCCUCCUGGUACAAUGCUGACAUUAUUUAUGUGGUUACUGAUGAAUUCAGCAAAAUAAAAGUACCAUGAUUAAGCCUCCCACUUGGUGCAGUUCAUUUGUGUAGAUUUCACCAGCAGGUGUGCUGGGAGGCGUGGUCUGUGCAGGAGGAUCUGGAGUCAGUGGUGAGAUUAGAGUUCAUCAGGAGAAACUCUGAAAAGUUUUUACUGGAAUACAAAUAUUUUACAAAAAUGUGCAGGUCGAACAUGUCGCAGCUCCUGCAAGUCGUUGUGUUGUGGCUCUACCUCCUCCUGCCCUCGCUGCUCUGUGACAACCUGCGCUGCUACUACAGCCCCAUUCUGGAGAAGGAGAAGAAAUUUGAGUUCAUUGUGACGGAGUGCCCUCCUGAGGAGCUGUGCUUUAAGGCCGAUGGUCGCUAUGGCAACCACAGUGCGCUGUCGGCCAGGGGCUGCAUGGCGAAGAGAGACUGCAGCCAGGUGCACAGCCUCAGGCUCAAGGGAACCGUCUACACCAUGAGCUACAGCUGCUGUGAUAAGCCGUACUGCAACUCCUGCCCAGGCGUCACAUCCACAUCCCUCUACAUCACUGCAACACUUCUGACUGUCGCUGUGACGGCUGGCAGAUUGUGACUAAAGACACUUGAUGCGCUUUGUCGUGAGCAUCUUUAGGGGUUCAUGUCAAAAGAGGAGGGGAAGGGUGUUUAUUUGUUUCAACAUCAAGUGAGCAGUGCUCGGAGACAUCUCUGCAGCCUCAGCAUGGAGUAAUGCAGAGCGCCUGCAGCAGUUUGUGGGGAACACCCAGUCUGAAGACACUGAGGUGUUACACCAGGGCGAUGGCAGAGAUUUUAACCUAUUCUUUUACAGUAUUUUGGUGACAAAUCAGUUUUAUAAUGUUUUCAUUUCUAUAAAUAAAUGUUUCUAUGCUCUUAUGGAUA